ACGGCACCGUGUUGACCACAUGUGCAGCGUGGUGCUGGAGACGUCGCUGGUAACCGUCCUCCACAGUUUUUGAAUAAGAAACUGCAUAAGAGAUGUCUUUCCGAGGUGGUGGUGGAAGAGGGGGUCGAGGUGGAGGUGGUGGAUUCAACCGAGGUGGAGGUGGCAGAGGAGGGGGAGGAUACGGUGGAGGAUUCGGUGGACGAGGUGGUGGUGGUGGAUUCCGUGGCGGCGGAAGAGGUGGCUUCAGACAGCAGGACUAUGGUCCUCCUGAAUACGUUGUUGCACUUGGAGAGUUUGUGCACCCAUGUGAAGAUGACAUUGUUUGCAAGUGUGUGACCGAGGAAAACAAAGUACCCUACUUCAACGCUCCAGUUUAUCUGGAAAACAAGGAACAGAUUGGGAAGGUGGAUGAAAUCUUUGGCCAGCUGCGUGACUUUUAUUUCUCUGUCAAACUUUCGGAUAAUAUGAAGGCAUCGUCGUUCAAGAAACUUCAAAAGUUCUACAUAGACCCCAUGAAACUGCUACCCCUCCAGAGGUUCCUACCCAGGCCCCCAGGAGAGAAGGGGCCUCCCAGGGGAGGCAGAGGGGGCCGAGGUGGAGGCAGAGGUGGAGGCCGUGGAGGUGGUUUCCGUGGCGGCAGGGGAGGAGGUGGGUUUGGCGGCGGAGGAUUUGGCGGUCGGGGGGGCGGAGGAAGAGGAGGAGGGUUCAGGGGAGGGAGUCGAGGUGGAGGAGGACGAGGAUUCAGAGGUGGAAGAUGAUCAAGACUCCAGUUGGGCCUCAUGGGUUCUCUCUACCGUCUGGUGCUGCGGUGCACUGCCAGUGCCUGGCUCUGUUGGACUGGAGUUACGGAAAUGGACACCAGUAUCGUUUUCUGUUGCUCCACUUCCAAUAGUUUUGUUUAUUUUUAUUGUGUACCUAUUUGGAUGACUAAUGUUGGUGGUUUUAUUUGCUGAACCCUAGCUGCAUACAGGUGUUUCCCUGGAAUACAGACUUUUGAUUUAGCUUCUCUGAUGCCAACACGGGUUGUGAUGAACUUGAUAUUUUCUGUCACAGAGUCUCGGAAGUGACUUGCUGACUUUCAUUUCAACGCAAGUUAUGGAAUCCUACAUGUAUUCUCAAAACGUGUCAAGAUACAAGGUGAUGAGGAUCAUAAAGGUUAUUUUCAUGUUUUUCCAUAUAAUUCAAGAUGUUUUAUAAUAACUGAAAAAAGUCGCUGUUGCAGAGUGCUGUUACUUUUUGUAAAGAAAAGCCUUUGAAUAAACAGUUCUGAAGACCAUUGUUUUUAAA